AUGAACUGCUACUUCGUGCUUAAAAAAGCUAUUUGGAUCAUGACGAACCAAUCAUCAAAAAAAGAUUUCUACGAGACACUUGGAGUACCGAAAACUGCUUCUCAAUCUGAUGUUAAAAAAGCUUAUUAUUCACUUGCAAAAAAAUACCAUCCUGACACCAAUAAAGAUCCUUCAGCAAAAGAAAAAUUUGUGCAGAUACAAGAGGCAUAUGAUGCAAGUAUUGCUAACAUUAUAUUACAAGUACUAUCAGAUGAGGAGAAGCGUGCACAGUAUGAUCAAUAUGGACACGAAUUUUCAGAGCAACCAACGGGUGCUGGAGGUUUCACAAGUAGUCAAGAUAUGGGAGGCUUUAAUUUUACCCAAGGAGGGGCAAGUGGGUUCUCAAAUAGUUCAGAUCUAUUCGAGCGACUAUUUGGGGCUUUUGGUGGACAAAGAACAGGCGGCUUUUCAGGCGGAUUUUCAGCUGGUUUCGGACAAGCUUUUACACCUGGAGACGAUCUCGAAGCAUCCGUGAAUAUAUCUUUUAUGGAGGCAAUCAAGGGGACAAAACAAAAAAUUUUAAUUGAGCCAAUAACCUUUUGCAAAGCUUGUAAAGGGUUAGGUACAAGAAGCGGCAAAAAACCAGAAAGAUGUCACGUGUGUUCUGGUACUGGUAUGCAACAUGUGAGCUUAUCGAGUGGCUUUCAUGCACAAACCCUAUGUAAUGCAUGCCGAGGAAAAGGCACAAAAAUUUCCGCGGGAAAUCGAUGUACUACAUGUGGAGGUGCUGGACGAGUGAUAGAGAGAAAAACUGUAGAUAUCGAUAUUCCAGCUGGUGUCGAAAAUAGGAUGAGAAUAGUAGUACCUAAACAAGGUAAUGUACAUCGCGAUUAUGAUGGGCCGCCGGGUGACUUGUAUGUUACUGUCAAUGUCGCACCUUCUACAUUAUUCGAGCGCAAAAAUCAGGAUAUAUACUAUAACGCAAGCAUCCCAUUUUACACCGCACUUCUUGGCGGGACUAUUCGGACUCCGACUGUGGAUGGAGAUGUUGAGCUUCGAGUUCCACCAGGUACACAACCCGAUCAACAAACAAGACUGAAAUCACGUGGUGUUCCGAAAUUAAACUCGAAUGAGCGCGGGGAUCAAAUAGUUACAUUUAAAGUGAAAUUACCAAGUACAUUAACACUGAAACAGCGUGAAUUAAUAGAAAACUUCAAAGCGUUAGCCGAAGGAGGAUACUCUAGCAAAGAUAGCAACAACAGCAACAAUCAAAAUGGAAAUUUUCUUAAAACUGCAUACGAGAAACUAAAAAACGCAUUUCGACGAAAAGACAAAAUCUAA